AAUGGAGAAAAGCGGGAAGAGAAGACUUAAGCAAUCCACCUUGAACUCUUUGGUUAAUGUUGACAAGAUAAAAGCCGAGAAAAAGAAAGCUAAAGAGAGCUAUGAAGAAGAGAAAAAAGCUCCAAUCUCCAAGGAAGGUAAGAGGAAGAGAGAGGACAUAGACUCAGACCCUGCCAUCGAUUCUAGCCAAGAUCUUAAGACCUUGGUCAACUUUAAGCUGACAAAAGGAAUGGAGCCAGCUGAUUUCGAGCCUAUUUUCUACAGUAUAGCCGAGAAGAUACUUAAUGGAUGCGGGAUUGUGGUAAAGAAAGAUAAGGAUAUCAGAGUUUUCAGAAUAAUAGAGAUAGAGUUUUACUUAAAACAUGAGGAGUAUCAUAAUGACAACUUUACGCAUCAGGACAAAGAUCAAAUGGAGACACUUCAUUGGUACUUCCACAAGAUGGGAAAGAACUACAAGUGUGCGUCUUAUAAAGGCUUGGAUAUUUCAUUUGGAAGAAAAUCUGAGAAAAUGUACGGAGGAAUUCUGUUAAGAACUCUUCAAGAUGUGGAUACUCUAACUUUUCAUGAAGGAAGUUGUAAUUUGGUCAAAGAGAUAUUUACUCUUUCAGAAGCAAAUGAAGUCAAGGAUUUCCUUGAAUUGAACAAAAACUUUUCUAAGUCGGACAUCUUGAGAACUAUUGAUUACUCUGAUAUCGAUACAUUUAAAGAAAAUGAAGAAGCAAACGCAAUAACCUUGGUUCAGUUUUCCGGAAAGAAAUCAGGCGUAUGGACUCCAAGAGAGAUCUACAAAUCCCCAAGAGUAGGACUUACACUCAAGAGAGAUGCUCCAGAGAAAGAAUACUUCUUGAUGAGAAACUACAGAUUCUGCACUAACCCAGACUCUAUCAAAAAGUGCAAAUCUCAGAUAUAUCUCGGCCUUUUAGGACAAGGAAUCAAAAAUCCAGAUACAUUAACUAAGAUUACCAAAAAAUCAGCAGAGACUCACAAAGCUGCAUAUAAUGCUGGACUAAAGAGUGAUAGCAAGAACCUAAAGAAAUUCAAAGGAGUAGCUUUAUCAACUUCAGAUAUCAGUACAAUCAUAGGAAUCAGCCACAGAAUUUAUCAGUAAUCUCUACUUUCAGCACAAUA